GAGCUAUCGAUGGCAGGCGCACGCAGAGAUCGCUGAGCUGUCGAGCGGAGGCACCCUUCCAGAGUCUCAGAGCUGGUCACCAUCUGCAUUCUGAGGACGACGCGGGGAUCUGCUCUUUUGCUCUCAUUCAAUCACGUGAAGCCUGGUGGGACACUGCGAUGGCGGCUCAGAUGACUGAUGCUCAUCGACGGUUCUUGCAGGUUCUGAUGUCUAAGGGGAUAACAGAAGGAUCAGAGGCCAGGAAAUUACACCACCACUGCUGUGAAACUGAUAAAGUUUACUACGCACAUGAUAAACUGGACGAUUUCAUCAGCACUAUUAACAGGCACCUGCAGCCUUUGUUUAUGCAGAUCCGGAAAGGAAUGUCAGAAGAGGAUGGGAGAGCACAUUAUGCUGUAGUGAAUUUGGCAGAAACUGAAGUAACUAAAAUGGCAUCUGACUAUACAGAAAUUGAAUUAGAGUUGUUUAGAAAAACAAUGGACCUAAUCCUUUUAUCAGAAAAUGGCUUUGCCUCAUCUACAGAUAUUUUAAACUUGGCUGACAAACUUAAGACAAAGAAAAUGAAGAAAAAGGAAGCAGAACAAGUGCUGAAAGUUUUUGUGGAGGAUAAGUGGCUCUCUGAGAAAAAUGGAGAAUAUACUCUGCAUACUCGUUGCAUAAUUGAAAUGGAACAGUACAUUCUCAGCAACUACCAGGACGUGGCAAGGAAAUGUAACAUCUGUCGCAGCCUCGCAGUCCAGAGCCAAGUAUGUGAAUCCUGUGGAAUUGGAAUGCAUUUACCUUGUGUUAGAAAGUACUUCAAGGCUCAGACUGAACCCCGCUGUCCGAAGUGUAAUGAAUUCUGGUCUUGUGACAUCCCAGGCAUGAGUCGAAUGAACUCCCAGUCACCAUAGAGCUCCAUUCUCAGCCGUAGAUGAUGACAGUAGACUUGCUGUCAGUGACAGCUAUUUUCACUCACUCUGGAAGAAGAGCCAGAUUGUAUUAUAUUCAUUAAUAACAAUGGUCAGUGUACUUAUUUUCUGUACUUCUAAUAAAAUUAUCGUUGACUUUCCUGUUCUUAUUUACA